UCCCGAUGUGCGACGGAAUAACAAACGAUAAAACGAACGUCAUCUAAAUCGGAAAGGAAGGGCGAUGUUGCACAUAGACAGCUGUCGUUUCAUUUUCAGCUGAUUUUUGUAUACGCUAGAGAUCAUUGUGAACCUGAGUACAUAUCUUAGCACUGUGUUGAGUUACUGCAUCAAUUUCAGAGCAAUCUUUAUCGAUUGAAUAAUCUUCCUAAGCAGCAAAGCCGAACAAUAGAGAAGCGUAGUUUUGUAGGCACGAACAAAGGGAGAUGGUCCAUUGAGUUCGGGUGGUGCGUAGCGGGCGGCCGUGACGUCACAAGAGCGAAGUGUCGAGGCCGAUGCGGCGGAUGCGGAGAGUGCGCUCGUGAUCUCGGCGCUACGGGGAGCGCGGCGAGCACGCGCAGCCGAGAGGGCCAGCCUGGCCUCCAGUGAGUCGGGCGACGAGGGCGCAGGCCAGCGGCCGCCGCGCAAGCGCACCCGCAGGCUGUCGCCGGAGCCCACGGCCAUGCACCAGCCGUGCGCCAACGGCGCGGUGGGCGCUCAGCACCAUGUCAACGGUGAUGCAGUCGCCACGAACGGCGACUUUCAGCCACCCGGGCGACGCAUGAGCCAGACGGACCAGGAGAUCGUGCGUCUGAUCGGCCAACACUUGCUCUCCAUUGGAUUGGAGCGGAGCGCGGCGCUGCUGAUGGAAGAAUCGGGACUGCACCUGGAGCACCCGGCGGCCGCUACCUUCCGACAGCACGUGCUGGCCGGCGACUGGCUCAAGGCGGAUCACGACCUUCGCGCUCUGCACGAUCUGCUGCAGGAUUCGCCGCACGUCGACCCCCAUAACCUCGCCGAGAUGAAGUUCGUGGUAUUGGAGCAGAAGUACCUGGAACACCUGGAGGGCGGGCGCGUGCUGGACGCGCUGCACGUGCUGCGCAACGAGCUGACCCCGCUGCAGCACGACACGGCGCGCGUGCACCGCCUCUCCGCCCUCAUGAUGUGCGCCGACGCGGCAGAGCUGCAGGCGCGCGCGCGCUGGCCCGGCGCCGGGCCGCUCUCGCGCUCCGCCGUGCUGGCGCGCGUGCAGGCCGUGCUGCCGCCGGCCCUCAUGAUGGCGCCGGGCCGGCUGCGCGCGCUGCUGGCGCAGGCGGCGGCCCAGCAGGCGUCGCGCUGCCGCUUUCACGCCGCGCCUCGCCCCGCGCCCCACGCCACGCACAUCCCCUUCACACUGUUGGCCGACCACCAUUGCUCGCCCGACCACUUUCCCAUACACCAGCUCCAGGUGCUGAACGAGCACUGCGACGAGGUGUGGUACUGCAAGUGGUCCCCCGACGGCUCAAAGCUGGCCUCGGGCUCCAAGGACAACACCGUCAUGAUAUGGGACUUCGACCCCGUCGCCAAGCGCCUCACCUUCAGGAAGUCGUUCGAGGGGCACUCGUUCGGCGUCUCGUUCCUGGCCUGGAGCCCCGACGGUCGCUACCUGCUCUCGGCCGGCCACGAGGACUGCCCCGAUAUCUGGAUCUGGAACAUGGAGACUGAGCGGCUGCACGUGAAGAUGUCGCACUCGACGGAGGACUCGCUGACGGCGGCGGCGUGGCACGCCUCCUCCGACAAGUUCGUGUGCGGCGGCGCGCGGGGACAGUUCUACCACUGCUCCGCUGACGGCGUGCUGCUCAACAGCUGGGACGGCGUGCGCGUCAACGCGCUGGCCUGCCGCAGCGACGGCCGCAGCGUGUUGGCCGCCGACACACACCACCGCGUGCGACAGUACGACUUCACCGAGCUCGCGGACCGCAACGUGAUCCAGGAGGAGCACGCGGUGAUGGCGAUGACGCUGAACGCCGCCGACACUCUGCUGCUGCUCAACGUCGCCAACCAGGGCGUGCACCUCUGGGACAUACGGGCCCGCGCGCUGGUGCGGCGCUUCCGCGGCCUCAGCCAGGGACAUUUCACCAUACACGCGUGUUUCGGCGGCGCGCAGCAGGACUUCAUCGCCUCGGGCAGCGAGGACAACAAGGUAUAUAUCUGGCACAUAAACGGCGAGGAGCCGAUCGCGGUGGUGUCGGGGCACACGCGCUGCGUCAACGCGGUCUCCUGGAACCCCGUGCAUCAUGACGUCAUCGUCUCCGCCUCCGACGACUUCAGCCUGCGCCUGUGGGGUCCGCGCGACCCCCGCUCCUAGCUGGCGCGCCGCGUGCCCCGCGCACGCUGCCCCGCGACCCCGCCCCCGAC